AUGACUGACCAAGCACCUCAACGUACUCGUCUUACAAAGUCAAAGGCAACCGCUUCAACAACGGCCAUACAAACAUUGGAGAUUACGACCACUGCUGUUGUGACAGGUUCAAACAGCAACGAUACGUUGGACCUCUCUCCUCCCACUACCACAUCCACAGAAGAGGAAUCAGCAGCUACGAACGAUAUACAGCGAAAGCAAUCGCAUCACCACCAUCACCAUCACCACAUCAGAUCUCCUGCUUUUGAAGCGCACUCCAACAUGGCUUCACCAUUGCCCUCACCUCAAUUCGUAGAGAAUACCACACCCGUGUCUGCAGAGCUCCUGUUACCGCCUCCCAUUGGAAAGGGACCCUCUGAAGCGAUUGUAGCGCUCCAAGAUGCAGCAAAUGCGACGACAACACAUUCAAAGAAAUCAAUGAAAAAGGGAUCGAGUACAGCCAGUCUAGCUGAACGCAGACUGUUUGAACAAUCCUUCUUCUCGGCCGCCAUGCUGAUUCAAUGGUCGAAUCUAGUUGGACCCAAGGUAGAAAAAAUGUGGUCUGUCGAGCCAUUAGAGGAGAAAUUGCAAAUGAUGAUUGGCAGACAAGUGCUGAAUGGGGAGAUGGGACGUACAUUGAAGGGCGUGGAACCUAAAUGGAUUGUAUUGCAUCGUCAAGCGAUAAUCUGUACGGCAUUUUUAUUCAAUGAUCCGACUUUGGAAUCGCUGUGCGCACUGGUCUUGGUAGUCCCUGUGCGGUAUUUGAGGAACUUCUCUCAGUACUUUCAGGUCCUGUGUGAUCGUAUUCCCAUACAGCUGGUAGAACCACUUGUUCAGUUACGCAAAGUCUAUAAACGUCAUGCCACUCCGUGGUCUACUGCGUUAAAUUACUUUAAAGUCAAUCAUCUGAUGCCUUUUGUGCAAUCUGUGAUGGAUCUGGAGUCAGUGUCUCUGCCCAUUGAUUGCGUCAAGACGAGCCACACCAUACUGGAUCAUGAGUCAAGGCAAAUGCUGGAAUCACCGUUUAUUGCCAAAGUAAUUACAUCACACCUGCAAACCUUUGGCUCGACUCUCUUGGUGGGUAAUACACUGACGAGCAUGAACAUGGUGAUCAAUACACUAGCACUAUUCUUAUCGCUGGAAGAGAGGAGUAGAUCAAGCCAUGCAAGAAAGCAUCAUCACUACAUGCCCGAUCUAUACCUUCAGGGCCUGCUGAUACAAGAUGUCGAGGAGAUGGAGACAAAGGUUGAGAUUGCCGUGUUGGAUUCUACAGUGCCCACGACGCUGGUGGACAUGACUCGAUUGAUUGUGAGAAAGACACCACUGUUCAGUAGCUAUCGCCUACUCAAAUCGCAAUACCAUACGGCCGUUGCAUCGAAAUUGGAAGACAACUUUGCAAGUUUCGUCAAUGAUAGCAAUGCUACUGUAAAUAAUAUGAAUGAUUGGAACAAGCGACAAAGUGUGUUUGAAAGGACCGAUUGUAUUGCUCCCAUGGUACAGACACUGCUAGAUGAAACACGAAGAAUACCAACGCGCAUGAGAGAAGCUUAUCUAAGACAAUGGAGAAGAUCGCUAAUCAAAAGGGCCUUGGCCAUGAUCAAGUUUGUGCAGGAUGAAACACCUGUGAUUCUAUGUCAGCCCUCGGACAAUGACCUAACAACGCGAAUCAUGAAUGCACUUGCUUUAUACCACAUGUCUGAUUUUACGAUUGUGCUGACACAGGCAGAGAAAUUAAGGCCUGGGAUGGUGGACUUUAUUACAACAUAUUCCAAAAAAUUAUAA